GUCAGUCUGGAGAGGCUCUCGGGCCGACUGAACUGCCCGCUGCACCUGGUCGUCCCUCCCCUUAUUCCCCCCGUGAGGCGCCCUCCCCCGCCACCUCGCUCCCCUCCCCCAAACCACAGCCCGAGCUCGCUCCUGCGCGCGCGCUCUCCCGGGCCCAAGUGAAUAGUCCUCGCGCGAGCGGGACACGGUGGUGGAUGCAAUUCCGCUCGCUUACAGCCGCCAGGAGGUCCCCGGCGCCGCAGGCAGCGUCCUCCUCCGAAGCAGCUGCGCUUGCACCUGGGCAGCCUGGACCUUCCUGCCCUGUCCCCGGGGCCUCGCGCGGGGGGCGCCCCGGGACAUCUCCUGCGGGCCGGGUGGAAGAGGAAGAGGAGGAGGAAGAAGACGUGGACCCGGACCCUUACCCUACGCAAAACACCUGGCCUCGCUGCAGUCACUUCUCUUUAAGUGGGACAAGAAGAGAGCUGAGGAGAGUCAUGGGGGGCUGUGAAGUCCGGGAAUUUCUUUUGCAAUUUGGGUUCUUCUUGCCUCUGCUGACAGCUUGGCCAGGCGACUGCAGUCACGUCUCCAACAACCAAGUUGUGUUACUUGAUACAACAACUGUGCUGGGAGAGCUAGGAUGGAAAACAUAUCCAUUAAAUGGGUGGGAUGCUAUCACUGAAAUGGAUGAACACAAUAGGCCCAUUCAUACGUACCAGGUGUGCAAUGUAAUGGAACCAAACCAAAACAACUGGCUUCGUACGAACUGGAUUUCCCGUGAUGCAGCUCAGAAAAUUUAUGUGGAAAUGAAGUUUACAUUGAGGGAUUGUAACAGCAUCCCAUGGGUUUUGGGGACUUGCAAAGAAACAUUUAAUCUGUAUUAUGUGGAAUCAGAUGAGUCCCACGGAAUUAAAUUCAAGCCAAGCCAGUAUACAAAGAUUGACACAAUUGCUGCUGAUGAAAGUUUUACCCAGAUGGAUUUGGGUGAUCGUAUCCUGAAACUAAACACAGAAAUUCGUGAGGUGGGACCUAUAGAAAGGAAAGGAUUUUAUCUGGCUUUUCAAGACAUUGGGGCAUGCAUUGCCCUGGUCUCAGUCCGUGUAUUCUACAAAAAGUGCCCCUUCACUGUUCGAAACUUGGCUAUGUUUCCUGACACCAUCCCAAGGGUUGAUUCUUCUUCUUUGGUUGAAGUAAGGGGCUCUUGUGUGAAGAGUGCAGAAGAGCGUGAUACUCCUAAACUAUAUUGUGGAGCUGAUGGAGAUUGGCUGGUUCCCCUUGGAAGGUGUAUCUGCAGUACAGGAUAUGAAGAAAUCGAAGGUUCUUGUCACGCUUGCAGACCAGGAUUCUAUAAAGCAUUUGCUGGGAACACAAAAUGUUCUAAAUGCCCUCCCCACAGUUUAACCUAUAAAGAAGCAACUUCUGUCUGUCAGUGUGAAAAGGGUUACUUCCGAGCUGAAAAAGACCCACCUUCCAUGGCAUGUACCAGGCCACCUUCAGCUCCUAGGAAUGUGGCUUUUAACAUCAAUGAAACGGCCCUUAUUUUGGAAUGGAGUCCACCAAGUGACACAGGAGGGAGGAAAGAUCUCACAUACAGUGUAAUCUGUAAGAAAUGUGGCUUAGACACCAGCCAGUGUGAGGACUGUGGUGGAGGACUCCGCUUCAUCCCAAGACAUUCGGGCUUGAUCAACAAUUCUGUGAUAGUACUUGACUUUGUGUCUCACGUGAAUUACACCUUUGAAAUAGAAGCCAUGAAUGGAGUUUCUGAGUUGAGCUUUUCUCCCAAGCCAUUCACAGCUAUAACAGUGACUACGGAUCAAGAUGCACCUUCCCUGAUAGGUGUGGUAAGGAAGGACUGGGCAUCCCAAAAUAGCAUUGCCCUAUCAUGGCAAGCACCUGCUUUUUCCAAUGGAGCCAUUCUGGACUACGAGAUCAAGUACUAUGAGAAAGAGCAUGAGCAGCUUACCUAUUCCUCCACGAGGUCCAAGGCACCCAGUGUCAUCAUCACAGGUCUCAAGCCAGCCACCAAGUACAUAUUUCAUAUCCGAGUGAGGACUUCAACAGGAUACAGUGGCUACAGUCAGAAGUUUGAAUUUGAAACAGGAGAUGAGACUUCUGACAUGGCAGCGGCAGGACAGAUUCUCGUGAUAGCCACUGCGGCUGUUGGGGGAUUUACGCUCGUCAUUCUUACUUUGUUCUUCUUAAUCACUGGGAGGUGCCAGUGGUACAUAAAGGCCAAAAUGAAGUCAGAAGAGAAGAGAAGGAACCACUUACAGCAGAAUGGGCAUUUACGUUUUCCAGGAAUUAAAACUUACAUAGAUCCAGAUACAUAUGAAGACCCAUCCCUAGCAGUUCAUGAAUUUGCAAAGGAGAUUGAUCCCUCAAGAAUUCGCAUUGAGAGAGUCAUUGGGGCAGGAGAAUUUGGAGAAGUCUGUAGUGGACGUUUGAAGACACCAGGGAAAAGAGAGAUCCCCGUUGCCAUUAAAACUUUGAAAGGUGGCCACAUGGAUCGACAAAGAAGAGAUUUUCUAAGAGAAGCUAGUAUCAUGGGUCAGUUUGACCACCCAAAUAUCAUUCGACUAGAAGGUGUUGUGACAAAAAGAUCCUUCCCGGCCAUUGGGGUGGAGGCGUUUUGCCCCAGCUUCCUGAGGGCAGGGUUUUUAAAUAGCAUCCAGGCCCCGCAUCCAGUGCCAGGGGGAGGAUCUCUGCCCCCCAGGAUUCCUGCUGGCAGACCAGUAAUGAUUGUGGUGGAAUAUAUGGAGAAUGGAUCCCUAGACUCCUUUUUGCGGAAACAUGAUGGCCAUUUCACAGUCAUCCAGUUGGUUGGUAUGCUCCGAGGCAUUGCAUCAGGAAUGAAGUAUCUUUCUGAUAUGGGUUACGUUCAUCGUGAUCUAGCAGCUAGGAAUAUAUUGGUCAACAGCAAUUUAGUAUGCAAAGUUUCUGAUUUUGGUCUUUCCCGGGUGCUGGAAGAUGAUCCAGAAGCUGCAUAUACAACAACUGGUGGGAAAAUUCCCAUAAGGUGGACGGCCCCAGAAGCUAUUGCCUACAGAAAAUUCUCCUCAGCAAGUGACGCGUGGAGCUAUGGCAUUGUCAUGUGGGAAGUCAUGUCCUAUGGAGAGAGACCUUAUUGGGAAAUGUCUAACCAAGAUGUCAUUCUGUCCAUUGAAGAAGGUUAUAGACUUCCGGCUCCCAUGGGCUGUCCAGCGUCUCUACACCAGCUGAUGCUCCAUUGUUGGCAGAAGGAGAGAAAUCACAGACCGAAAUUUACUGACAUUGUCAGCUUCCUGGACAAACUGAUCCGCAAUCCCAGUGCCCUUCACACCCUGGUGGAGGAUAUCCUUGUGGUUAACGGACCCCACAGCCAGUGCCCAUCAACAGAGCUCUCUAGCUGUUCUAUGGCAGUAGAAGCAGGCAGAAUGCCAGAAUCCCCUGGUGAAGUUCCGGAAUAUCCUUUGUUUGUCACAGUUGGUGAAUGGCUGGAUUCUAUAAAGAUGGGGCAAUAUAAAAAUAACUUCAUGGCAGCAGGGUUUACGACUUUUGACCUAAUUUCAAGAAUGAGCAUUGAUGAUAUUAGAAGAAUUGGAGUCCUACUCAUUGGACACCAGAGACGGAUAGUCAGCAGUAUACAGACCUUACGUUUACAAAUGAUGCAUAUACAGGAGAAAGGAUUUCAUGUAUGAAAGUACUACAAGCACUUGUGUUUUGUGCCUCAGCAUUUCUAAAAUGAAAGAUAUCCUCUCUACUACCCUCUCUUCUGAUUCUCCAAACAUCACUUCAUAAACUGCAGUCUCCUGUUCAGACUAUGGGCACGUACCUUUUGUUUAUGCUUCCAACCUAGAUUUUAAAAUUAUGCCUCAUAGCUCCUCUCUGAAUAAUCUGCAAAUAAAACCCCGGCCCACCUCAGAUUAUCACUACACAAUGGUAAAUAACUCAGCAUGGAUGUGUAACUUUGUACAACAGUAUUUGGAAAGUGUUCACGAACUUUACCCAAAGGAAUUUGCCCAGGUGUGGCUUCCUUAAUGAUGUAUUUAGAGUUUGAUGGUAGAUGAAAAAGAAAUAGUUGACAUUUCUUUCAUGUUUUGUGAUCAAGUAGCUUCCAAACUGACAUGAAUAUUUUUAGAUAAUUAUAUUCAACUCUAUGGAUCAUAUUGUUAUUUAUUUGUAUGUGUAUUUAUUUGUAUUAUAUUUCUUUAACUAUUGAUGCCUGAUGUUAGAAUUAUUGGCAGAAAUAACCAGUGAUGUCAUUUGGUGAAUUCUUGUCAGGUGUGACUGCACUAAGGAGGAGAUUAUCAGAGAGGGAGAGGGAGAAACAUACUGUGCUUUUCAAUCUUCUAAGUCUGGGUUUGUUUAUUUUUUUUUAAUUGACUUUAUAGUGUCCUACAUAUUUCAUAGUAAGUGGUAGUUUAGAGGCUUUUCCCUUCUAAGUUUUGCUAACUAUAGUAUAUUUCUCUCCAACCUUAUGAAGAUCACCCCAAAAAGGUUAAGAGUGAGACCAGUUUUUGAAAGGAUUUCAUAGAGUGAAGCAUGAAAUAAAACCAUGUCUAUUCCCUUGGUUCACCUUCACAAGUUUGCAAAAGCAGUUAUCAAAGCACUGAGAAAAUUAGUUUUUUCAGUAGAAUUGCUUUGAAUAAAAGAUCUAAGAUUAUCACCUUAGACAAUGUAAAAAGAGUAAUUAAUUUAGUUUAAACACAGUUUUAUGAUAGCUAUAUGGUGGUCCCCAAAAUAAACAUAUCUAGCUGCCUGCCUACUAUUGGUGCAUUUUGCAAGUUUAAGAAUUUUUAUAUUUUGUUCCUAAAGUAUAAGUUACAUGAAUAUGCUGAGCUGUUUUCCAAACCUUUCAAGAGACAAGUAUGCCACUGCAUGUUCCAAAGAGGAUAUGAACAGACCUAACAUAUGAGCAUAUAUAAAUUGUGUGUCAACCUAGACCCAUAACACAAUAACAUAAAAAUGUGAACACAGCUAGAGUAUGUUGUCAUAAUUGUCUCAGAGGCUGCAAAAAAAAGGCAAAUGUAUUUUUCAGUGAAGUAAGCUGAGUCAGUUUAUCAAAACAGUGCUACCUUAUGAGUGAGUUCAAUUGUAAAAUCAGCUGUUGACUGUGAAAAUACAGAAUGGCUCCUGUGCUGAGUUUGGAAGAGUAGGGAAGAUGUGUUGAGAGAGAGAGAUUUUAAAAAUAGCAGGCUGUCUAAAGAUGCUUAUUUAAUAAAUCGGUUUUUCGUUAAGAUGUAAAGGUGCCCAACCCACUUUCUCCAGUUCCCACCUAAAUCACCAUUUUUGGUAAUAGCAGCUGUCUUGCUAUUAAAGGAGACGCACUUUCUUUUAUUCUUUUAGGUUUGUUGAUUGUCCCAUUAGACUAGAGCCUUCCACAUACAUUCUUUUGCUGAUUUAUCUCCUGACUUUUGUCUACCACAGCUUAAUUUUUUCUCAUUUCAAAAAAAAAAAAAGUUGUAUAAAGCUAGAAGGAAGAGUCUUUAAAGUAUUCCUUAAAGUAUACUAAAAAAGAAAAAAAGUGAGAAAUGCAUCACUUUUUAAGUAAGUGUGUCCGAAAUAGCUAGCAACGUUUUCUAGCCACCAUGUGCAUGGUCACGCAUCACUCAUACACUAUCUGCAGUUUGCUUGAUACAUUUACACAAAUCUGGUUACAUGUAGAGGAAAUAUAAAAUUUCCACAUUUACCUAUCUUCAAAUAUAUAUUAAAUAAGAACAGAUAUAAAACAGAUUAAAUUUAUUAAUCAUAUAUAUUUAUUUUUAUAAUACAACAAAAAAGUAUUUAGAAAAAUAAGGAAUAGAAUAAUUAUGGUCUUCCAUAGGACUCUGUCAGCAACAUCUGUAUACUUUGUUGAAAUAAAUUCUAUAAAGUAUUUAAACUUCUAUGAGAUGGGCAUUCACUACUUGCAAGAUUAAAGUUCACAGUUAAGAAUUUUUUUCUUAACGAAUAUAGAGAUCUUUUUCUAUAUCUGAUUAAUUUAUAUUUCUUUUUUUCUUCCCUAAUACCUUUCUACAGUAUUAUAAAACUCCCUUUCCUCUUUGUCCCUUACCCCAAAUGCUCUUUAAAAUUUCUUUAUAAUUACAUUUAUAUUUUUCAGAACUGUAAACAUGAUAAUCUUACAUGUAAUUUUGAACCUCCUCAUGGUCAGAGAUGUUGUGUGCGCACAUGGUUGAAAUAUUUGUGCACGAUUAAGCAGAAACAUUAAAAAAAACAAAGGUAUCUAUUUCUUAAUUGCCUACCAUUCACAGACCCCUGAUCCCAAGGAUAUUAUAAGAUCCAGAUAUACUAACAGUUAAAUUGCCAAAUUUAUUUGGAAAUUUUACGUGAAAUAUUUUGAGACUUACUAGUGCACAUAUUUAGUAAUUAACACUGUUUAAAAUGCUUAAGUAUAGACCUUAAUUCUAGGAAGAAAAUUAGUAACUUACAUAAAUCACAGCCUUCAGUAAUGAUUUUUGAUAACUUCAAUAUGCAUAUACAUUCAUGUACCUACUUUAUUUUAAAUUUUCUAAUCUAUACUACUGAGGAGCUUUUUGGAUUUUGUAAAUCAAACAGUUGAAGAAACCAUUUUCAUUUUAUUUCCUGGGUGGUCAUUUUCCAGUCUAUAAUCAACUCAUUAUUCCAUAGUAUAAGGCAUAUUUGGGAAAAAUAUGUAAAAACAAUGCACAAUCAAGAAGAGAGAUUAGGUAUGUAAAUCAUUAAAAAAGCAAUCAGAAAUUGCAAAGCUCUUGGCUUAACAAGAAUAAAAAAAUUACAGCACUUUUGCACUGAGUUAUCUUAUAGCUGUUGAUAAAAAGUUAUGCAUGCCAUAAUAAAAAAAAAAGAUUUGUAUACCUGAGUACUCUGCAUUAUACUUUAAAAUCUAUCCAGCUAUCACCUGAAUUAAACAGCCUUCUAACUACAGUUCUAAGAUCUAUCGUAGUCCUCAAAGGGAAAACAAAUCCAAAUUCAAUUCUUGAAAAGCAAAGUCUUUACAAAAGUUCUUCUGAAGAGGUGGUGAAGAAUUAAUCUUAACCAUACUGCUUAAAAAAUCAGUUUUUUUAUAUCUUUUCCCUACUGAAUUUCUACUUUAUAAAUCAUUCAGUUAACUCUCUUAUUCCAAAUUUUUCACCAACAUUAGGUUUAGUUUUUCUGUUCCUUCAUUAAAUUUUCUAAAACUUCCUUCCUCACCCUCUCUGGUUUUCUCUCUUUAUUCCUCCAUCCCAUCUCGUUUCCCUUCUCAGCUUCUAUCAUUCUACCCUGAUCCCUACUGACAAAAGAGCAUAGAAAAUCUAAAAAAAAAUCUUACCACUCUCCUUUAGAAGAGGCCAAAGAUGGAGGGAAGAAGGGAAUGUUGCAGAACUCAUACAUUAGUAUUUUAGGCCCCACCACAUAAAUAGGAGCAUUGGCACUCACAGAAAAGGAAUGAACUCCGGCUUUUUAUUAACUGGGAAUUAAGUGCUUUGGAAAGUAAUUUCAAAAUGGAUAAUGAAGAUCCUUUUCUAUAGCUUUAGGUAAGGAAAUUUAUUAUUAAUUUUUAAAAAUUUGUAUUUUAAGAAUCAAAAACUAUUAUCAGUUUAUAGUUGGUGUACAUGUACAUAUAACAGAGACUAGAAGGAAAUAUAUCACUUCUUUUAAUAUCAUCAGCUUAGCUUUUCCAAGCUUAAAGAUUCCAUUUAGUAGAAAAGACUCAUAUCACUUCAUGUUCAAUCCAAAAAUAUUCUGAUGCUUUUUAUAUGAAGACUCCAAAAGGUAGAGGAAUACACUGAGUCAAAUUGAUAUUAGUCUCUUAUUUGGACACCGGGCACUGAAUCACCUAACUUCUGGUUUUUAUGAUUAACAUUUCAGCAACUUUCAACCUUUAUAAUGGUCAGUAAAGACAGUAUAAACUUUAUUUAGUUCAAUUUAACAAAUACCUGUGAAGUGUCUCCUACACACAUAAGAUUUUUAUGGCAAAGAUGAGUUCGGCUAUACUGUCCUUACCUUCAAAAUAACUCUUAAGCUUAAAACUUAGAGAUUGGAGCCUAUUUGCUAUGUUUCCUGUGAUUGCCAAGUCACUAAGGGCCAGCUCUUUCCAUAGAAUAAAAAUACAUUAAAUAAAUUAAUAAGGUAUUGUCCAGUGUGAACUGGGUUUGCAAUCUUUAUGGGACGAAAUUUAUUUUGCACCUCAAAUUCUUAUAGAACACCCCCCACUUCCUCUAGCAGUGAGGAGCAUACUUGGAGAAUUCUCUUAAGACAAUCUCUCUUUAGGAGUCAGAUUUUUCUUGUCAAGGGGCAAACUUUUCCGUUCGUGCAUAGAUUCACUACCUCAAAUUUGCCUCCAGUUAGGAAACAUUAGCCUUUUUUCAAAACAACUCUGGAACCAUUUCUUGCCCAGGUCAAUUCACUGGUGUUAGUAAACAUAAUAGUAAUUAUGAACCUGCAAUAGUUGCAUAAAAUUCUUUCAAACAUGAUACAUAUAACAAGAGAAAGAGAUGAUUACUCAUGCCUAGAUCUAACAUAUUACUAGAUGAAAUAAAGGAAAGGAAAAAUCUUAAGUUGCAGAGGCAUAAAUAAGCCCACUUCCUCUUAUUGUUUCCUUAAAAAACAAAAUAUUAGUCAGGUAUUUCAAAGAUUUCACAGGAUAAAAAUGAAUCUUGUAUGUUAUAUGGGAUGUAACACUUCCAGGGUAAAAAGGUCAACAGAUCCGAAGAUACAGGUCAUCAAAAUAUAACUCUAAUCCUCUUUCUUCUGAUAAUUAGCUUUGAAUUUCAAGUUAAUGAUGGGUUUAUAUAAAUGUAUAAAAAAAGGAUGUUUACAUCUUAAUUGAAAGAUUUGGGGGGCACCUGGGUGGCUCAGUAGGUCAAGUGUCCGACUUUUGAUCUCAGCUCAAGUCUUGAUCUCAGGGUUGUGAGUUCAAAUCCCAUGUUGGGCUCCAUGUUAGGCAUGGAGCCUACUUAAAAAAAAAAAAAACAAAAAAAACUUGGGUUCUUUGCUUUUAAUUCAAAGCAAAAAUUGGUUGGUUGGCAUUUGCUUUUUUAGGAUUUUAGAAUAUAUUUAAAAGUCUACCUUUGAAUCAAUGUUGAUUCAAAAUUACUGAAUUUUAAAAAUGAAACAAAAAUAAUAUGAAGAAAAUUUUUCAUUUACUAAGGGUAGCAAAGCACUACCAAAAGAAUAUGAAGUUCAUCUUUCAAAAAAAAUCUGGCAAAUACAAAGUUUUGUGUAUCUCUUAGUGAUACCAAAUCACUUCCAUUAUAUUAUAUUUUUGCACUUUCCCACUGAAAGAAGUUUCUUUCUAAACAAAACAAAGAAAGGUUCUCACUUGAGUUUCCAUACCAUGCUGGUUAACUACAGUACCAGAUCUCUAUAUCAUUAAGAGAACUUUUGAUUUGUUUCAUUUAAGAGGGAAAAUCUCAAGGAAGAAUUCCACUCUCUUUAGACAUACCUAAUUCAUCUUUAAGAAUAACAAAGGCAUUACAGGAAAACUAAAUGACAGAUGAGUAUGAAAGAUAGUUCUUAAAUGUGAUAUAAAGAAGUGGUUCCUACUUUUGAUUAGAAUAUGAAGUACAGAUUAACAACACAAUUUCCUGGAGUUGUAAAUUAGAAAGGUAUCAAACUCAGUGAAAAAUCUUCUCUCAAGUAAAGCUCUUUGCUUACCUAUAUUUUUCCAUUAUUUUUAACCUCUGGAUAUCUAUUUUGUUAUAAGAAACUCACUUUUGGUUAAGAUAAUAAGUUAUCCACUCAAAUAAUAAAUCAGAGCAACUGAGAUAUGACUUUAGAGUAUUCUACAAAAUAACAAAAGAAGAACAACCUACUUCAGGAUUCCUAUUUAGUUAGCCCAGUCUCUAGCUCAUUAGCCCUCAUUGAAGCGAAAACUGUCUUUAUUCCAAAAUGAUAUAUUAUCAUAAAGAAAAAUUCAAGGUACAAGAGCCUUCAUUUUUCAUAUAUCCAAAAUUUAUAUUUAGGCAUUAUUAACUUUGAAGAUAGAUGUCUUUGUUUUCAUACUUAAAUAUGAGCUUACAUGCAAGCAAUAUCGAUGUAAACAUUUCUAUGAGUUUUGCCACAUUUAUAGAUCAUCAUCCUCAGAACAGUCUUCAUUUGCCUGUGUUCUAGAAAAACCAAAUAUCAUUUAACUUUUUGAAAUCAUGAUAGAUGGAAUGAAUAGUACUAAAUCAGAAAGAUGAGUAAACAAUGCACUUACAAGAUUUUUACCUAAUUUAAAAUGUCCUCUUCUAUUGCCUUUAUAAUAAAUUAAAUCUCUCUUCUACAUUUAGUAAUUUGUAGAAUGAAAUGUAUGCAUUAGCUAGAAAUUGCUUUUGUUAAAUUUUUAUUUAAACACAUCUUCACUCAGAAGCUAGAAUAUAAUUCAUUCUGUUAGCUCAUUUCUCAUGCAAAGUAGUAACUUUUGCUCUCUUUAGAAUUAUUUACCCAGUAAUAUCAUUAUUUAAGUUGUAAUAAAAUUUUUCUUUGUACAUGCUUUACUUACUGCCACAUAUUUUUAUCUUUGAAAUAAAUCUGCUUAAAAUUGUGAUCUUUAGAAGCUCUAUGACAAAAUCAAUGGCUACUCAUUUGCUAACAUUUAUAACUGAAUGAGCUAUUUUUUCUGUCCAUGUGAUUGAUGUGAGCAUUGUUAAAUCUAACAUUUGAAUAUUCAUUGGUAUUUUAUCUAAAGCUAUUAUUUCAAUAUCUUUAAACUAUCUUUAAAAUAGUACUGAAUUCCAUAGACAAUAUGACAGUAAACAAUGAUUGGGGAUUUUUUAAAUUCCUGCACUGCUUGAAAAAUAAGGUUUAAUGUGCAUAAAUGUUUAUCAUUGAGGUUCUUAAUUUUCUUUAAUGUGAUGUUCCCACAUCAUACACGUUCAAAGAAAAUUAUAUUAAUAUAUCUAUACAACGCAAAAAACCAUCUUCUUACAAGUUUUCAUAUAAUUUGAGGUUUUUUUAGGCCUCUAAGAGAAAAAAAUGUGAAAUAGGAGCAUUUUAAAAUUUUUUUUGGUAAGGCAUAAUAUUUGAGCAGUCCUAACAAAUAUGAAUGAGUAACAUUUGACUUUAAAGAUUACUAUAUGUGCUUUAUUUCUGAUACAUUAUUAAUCCCUUUCUUAAUCACAUCCCAUCUUAGAUUGUUUCUUUGAAAAUCUGAAUAACUUCAGGAUAUAAAUAUCUAUGGAUAUUUUUUAUAAACCAUACUUGGGUUUAAUUUUAUAUUCAGUACAAAUUUUGACAGCUUAAUUUUUAUUUUAAUAGUUUCUUAACGUUUCUUAAAAUGUUGGUUAAGUUAUACCUUCUAUAAUAACCUUAUUUUUUAAAACUCAGAGGCAGAGCAUUAAUGCAGAACUUGGAAACAGACCAAUUUCCAUUAAAAUUGAGGAAAAGACAAAAGGCUAAUACAAACAGAAGGUUUUUUUUGUUAAAAUUAUUAAUUACCACAUUAAAAAAAACUAUCAGAAAAGAGUGAUCAAAAGUUUUGUCAUACUUCUAUUUUGGUAAUUUUGAAACUAAAAUGCAUUUUGAA